AUGUCCUCCGCAACGGCCUUAUCGGAAGCCCUAAUACCACAGGAAGCCUUAUCUGGGAUAUUUGGCAGUAUCAGUCUGGCUACAUGGAUCUUUCUUCUGGUGCCGCAACUGAUCUUGAAUUACAAGACGGGCAGGGCAGAUGGGAUUUCGUUGGCAUUUUUGAUCGUUUGGAUGGUAGGGGAUAUUACGAAUCUCUCUGGUGCGAUCUGGGCAGACCUUGUCCCUACCGUCAUUGCUCUUGCCAUCUACUUUUGCAUCGCUGACCUGGUACUUAUCUCCCAAUGUCUCUACUACAAUCACAUCAACGCCCAGCGCAGACAAUCAUCUGUCAUCUCCGAGCAUGAACCGCUCCUCACGCGCCAGUACUCCAACGACACCAUCGGUCUCCCUGGUUCUCACCGACGCCGUUCUUCUGCUCGUAGUGGCACAAGCCAGCACUCUGAAUCUCCACUGAGUAAGAUUUUGGAGGAGAAUGAAGAGGGGACGGGCAAUCAGUGGGUGAAGAAUAGUCUUAGUGUGCUGGGCGUCAUUGUUGUUGGGACUGCAGGGUGGGCUAUUGCGUGGCAAGCGGGCGUGUGGAAGCCGAGUCCUUUGGAUGCCGGUUUGGAGCCGGCGAAUGAGACGGCGCUGGGGGCGAAGAUUUUGGGGUAUACGAGUGCCGUUUGUUAUCUUGGGGCGAGGAUUCCACAGAUUGUAAAGAAUUACAAGGACAAGUCUUGUGAUGGACUUGCUCUACUCUUCUUUCUCUUAAGCUUGAUGGGCAAUGCUACUUACGGAGCUAGCAUCUUGUGCCAUUCCUUGGAGAGGGAUUACGUGAUGCUCAAUCUACCCUGGUUGAUUGGUUCGUUGGGAACAAUCGCCGAAGACGCAAUAAUCUUUGUCCAAUUUAGACUCUAUUCGACGAAGCAAACUACAGAAGCCGUUGUAGAAUAG